AUUCGUAUAAUGGAAAUUAUGAGAAGAAAAGUUAAUUUUCAUCCAAAUAUAAUAAGAUUUUAUGGAAUUACGAAAUUAAGAGAGGAAUUAAAUUAUGCGCUUAUUCUUGAAUAUGCGGAUGGUGAAACAUUAGGAAAAUAUUUAAGAGACAACGCGAAAACAUUUAAAUGGAACCGUCAAUUGGAAUUUGCCAACGACAUGGCGAGUGCGAUUUUAUGGUUACACGACAAUGAAAUUAUACAUCAAGAUCUUCAUUCCAAUAAUAUCUUGAUCCAUAAAGGUGCAAUAAAAAUAGCAGAUUUUGCAUUUUCAUGUUUACAAGGAUUAGAUACCAACGCAGCAUGUGGUGUGAUACCUUACAUGGAGCCCAAAACUUUUAAAGAUCCUUUAUUUAAAUUAACCAAAAAAUCUGAUAUUUAUAGCUUAGGAGUGUUGUUCUGGGAAUUGACAAGUUGUGCAUCACCUUUCAAUUUUGAAACAACUGUCGAUAUUGCAAUUCGGUUUGAAAUCCUUGAAGGCGUAAGAGAAAAACCUAUUCCAACAACAAAUGGUAGCUUUAUUAAUAUUUAUGAAAGAUGUUGGAAGCUUGAACCAGACGAAAGACCAGAUAUUUUUCAAGUAAUUUCAGAACUUAGUAGAAUUGAUUCUAAAAGCCAUUUUGAUUUUAAAGAAAAUGACGACAAUGAAAUAAUAGAAAACGAAUGUGACCUUUCAGAUUGUGACGUUAGAUUAUAUUAUUAG